CUUCUUCUUCUUCUUCUUCUUCGUCACAAUGAGCAACGACAAAGAUGCCUUCAACGUUUCGGAUCUCACUACUGCUCUCAUCCAAGAGAACAGAGCCGACCUUGUUAACGCUCUCAAGAACAAGAUACAGAGUCUCGCGGGGCAGCACUCCGAUGUUCUAGAAUCUCUGACACCUAGUGUGCGGAAGAGGGUUGAGGUCCUCAGAGAGAUCCAGGGUCAACAUGAUGAGCUAGAGGCAAAAUUUUUUGAGGAGAGGGCAGCUCUUGAGGCCAAGUACCAAAAAAUGUAUCAGCCAUUGUAUACAAAGCGCUUUGAGAUAGUUAAUGGUGUUACUGAAGUUGAAGGAAUAGCAGAGGAGAAAACUGCAGAUGCUGAAGAGGAUGAAGAAAAAGGAGUACCUGCUUUUUGGCUCAAUGCAAUGAAAAACAAUGAAGUGUUAGCUGAAGAGAUUUCAGAGCGUGAUGAAGGUGCUCUCAAGUUUCUCAAAGAUAUCAAGUGGAGCAGGAUAGACAACCCAAAAGGAUUCAAGCUCGAGUUUUAUUUCGAUACUAAUCCUUAUUUCACAAACACUGUUUUGACAAAAACAUAUCACAUGAUUGAUGAGGAUGAGCCAAUAUUGGAAAAAGCAAUUGGGACUGAAAUUCAAUGGCACCCAGGGAAAUGCUUGACGCAGAAGAUUCUUAAGAAAAAGCCCAAGAAGGGUUCAAAGAACGCAAAACCUAUUACAAAGACUGAAAACUGUGAAAGUUUCUUCAAUUUCUUCAAUCCACCACAAGUUCCUGAAGAUGAUGAAGAUAUUGAUGAAGAUAUGGCCGAGGAACUUCAGAAUCAGAUGGAACAAGACUAUGACAUUGGGUCAACAAUAAGGGAUAAGAUUAUACCUCAUGCCGUGUCAUGGUUUACUGGUGAGGCCAUUCAAGGCGAGGAGUUUGGAGACCUGGAAGAUGAUGAUGAAGACGACAUUGAGGAGGAUGAUGAAGAGGAUGAUGAUGAUGAGGAAGAUGAGGAUGAGGAUGAUGAGGAUGAGGAUGAAGAAACCAAGACCAAAAAGAAGCCAUCACAUAAGAAGGGUGGAAGAGCACCGGCUGGUGAAGGUCAACAGGGUGAGCGACCUCCAGAGUGCAAGCAGCAGUAGAAGUUUAUCUAUUAUGAUUUAUGCAGUAGCUGAAAGCUUUCUUGUUGGAGAAUGUCUGUUGAAAUAGUGGGGUUCAUGCGGUUUUGUUUUAUGAUGCUUAAUUCAUUUUUCUCUUUUAAGGUCUUGGUAGUUUGAAUUGUUGGUCUCCAUUCUCCUAUUUUCCCUAUACGUUUUGGAGAGAAUGUUGUUAUAUAGUGUUAGUAUGCUAUGAUUGUUAUUGCUGGACUUUGUAUUUGUGUCUCGUAUACUUCAAAUAUAUAGUGGGAGUUUGUGGUUUA